AUGGCCAAACUGGAAUCGCUGGAGCGCUCAAUCGCGGCUCUGUCCGGAAAUCGAGCGCUGGCUCAUGUCCAUAGCGCAGCGGCAAAUAGAAUCCAUACGCCUGGGCCCGUUGCGCAGAGCCCUUCCAGUGAUGAAUUUUCCACGACAGAAACAAUCGAUCAGCCUGCUCACGGCGGUCUCCUAGUCGAGGAUGGCCGGUAUAUCAAUGAACAACUUUUGUCUCGGGUCCUGGAAAAUGAAAAGGAGCUUCAGUCUGCGAUUGACACGCCGAGGAGUGAUGCCAGUACCUUCAGGCGACCACCCGCUCUCAAAGUGGAAGGUCUCCUUCUCACUCGCUACCCAGAUAAAACCGAUCUUUUUACCUUGCAUCCGCAUCAGUGGCAUGCGACACAGCUGUGGCAAACUUUCUUGAACCACAUCGACCCGGUGAUCAAGCUACUUCACGUUCCCUCGACGCAGCCUCGCAUAUUCGCGGCUAUCAACCGGCCCCGGGACGCGCCCCCUGAUCUGCUGGCCCUGCUUUACGCCAUCUACUUUGCUGCCAGCACGAGCAUGCUGGCUGAGGACCCAACGAAUGAGAAGAAACUUCUAGAGGCCUGUCAAUACCAGCGGGGACUGGAGAUUGCUCUCUAUCACUCUGACUUUAUGGACUGCCCAACGCUGACAUCCUUACAAGCGAUGGCUAUCUAUCAGAUGUGCGUGCGUUAUUACAACCCAGGACGCUCUGGGUGGGUACUGCGAGGGCUGGUUAUUCGGGCAGCACAGUCUAUCGGACUCCACCGGGACGGAAAACAGUUCAAACUGACGCCACUGGAGUGUGAGCUACGCCGGCGACUGUGGUGGCACUUGUGCAGUGCUGACAGUCGCGCGGUGGAGGACCAUGGGGUCGGGAUGACUGGUAAAGGGGAAUUCUGCGACACCGAAUUCCCUGCAAAUAUCGACGACCAGCGCCUGCCUGCCAGCGCGACGGUGCCGCCAGAGUCCCAAUCCUGUUGGACUGAGAUGACCAUGUCUCUGAUCACGACCAUAGCCAACCAAAAGCGGCUGGAGUUGCACAGUGCAUUGACGGGGAAUGCCCCUGGGAAGCGUCCCGCUGAAAUCGUCCAGGAAGUGAAGGACCACAUUUACAAUGCCUACCUGCAACACGGCGACCCUAAUAUCCCCAUCCAGCGGCACGGAAUGCUGCUGGGGGAGAUUCUAGUGGUCAAAAUGGAAAUGUACGUGCACCAAAGAGCACUUCAGGCCCAGAGUAGGACUACGCCAGUCGCCGAGCGCCUCGAACUGCAAGCCAAGGCCUUAGAUGUCGCCUGCCAGGCGCUGGAACGGACGAACCAGUUGUUUACUGAUGAGCUGCUGCGCGGGUAUCGCUGGCUCACCUCAACGUACAUGCCGUACUUCAUCCUCACAUACAUCCUCUGGCACCUCUGUGUGUAUCCGAUAGGAUUGCACAUUGAGCGCGCAUGGUUAGAAGUCAACCGGGUUUUUGAGAUGACCAAGGAUCCGUCGUGGCCCGAUCCAGGGCCCAAGUGGGCGAUCAUCACUCGGCUGCGAGAGAAAGCAUUGCAGAUUCAACAUACACAGGGGGAUUCAGAGCAGGUGGCACAGCCAGAGUCUCCGCCAACCGGUGCGGAAGAAGCGGAGGCGCCGACAGAGUCAUUUUUCGACUUUGUGAACUGGGAUAUGGGCAUGAUGGGGUUUCCAGAUUGGACGGCGUUGGUGCAGAGUGUCGAUCUAAUCCCCUCGCCUGUAGCGAAUUGCCAAAUGUGA